UUAGGGUUCGCGUUAAGACUGGCCCAACCCGCCCAUCGGAGAGAGAGAGAGAGCGAAGGCAGGGAUGGCGAAGAGCGGGCUGGGGUGCGAGCCGGCGGUGGGGUCGCUGACGGCGGCGAGGAAGAGGGAGUACAAGGUCAGCAACCGCGUGCACGAGGGGAAGCGGCCCCUCUAUGCCAUCGCCUUCAACUUCAUCGACGCUCGCUACUACGACGUCUUCGCCACCGUCGGCGGCAAUCGAGUGACCGUGUAUCGAUGCCUUGAAGGAGGUCUCGUUGCGGUCUUGCAAGCAUACGUUGAUGAAGAUAAGGACGAGUCUUUCUAUACUUUGAGUUGGGCAUGUGAUACCGAUGGGACUCCUUUUUUGGUUGCUGGUGGAAGCAACGGAAUCAUUCGUGUCAUCAAUGCUGGCACCGAGAAGAUACACAAGAGUUUUGUUGGCCAUGGAGAUUCGGUUAAUGAAGUAAGGACUCAAGCACUGAAACCUUCUCUUGUGGUUUCUGCCAGCAAGGACGAAUCAGUUCGGUUGUGGAAUUUACAUACAGGAAUUUGUAUAUUGAUAUUUGCCGGAGCAGGUGGCCACAGGAAUGAAGUGUUGAGUGUUGACUUCCAUCCAUCCGAUAUCUACCGGAUAGCAAGUUGUGGUAUGGAUAAUACUGUCAAGAUCUGGUCCAUGAAAGAGUUUUGGACGUAUGUUGAGAAAUCAUUCACAUGGACAGAUUUACCAUCAAAAUUUCCUACAAAAUAUGUGCAGUUUCCUGUGUUUAUAGCCUCAGUCCACUCUAACUACGUCGACUGUACUAGGUGGCUUGGUGAUUUUGUCUUGUCGAAGAGUGUUGAUAAUGAGAUUGUCUUGUGGGAGCCAAAGACCAAGGAACAAAAUCCUGGAGAGGGUGCUGUUGACAUUCUUCAAAAAUAUCCAGUUCCUGAAUGUGAUAUCUGGUUCAUCAAAUUUUCAUGUGAUUUUCACUACAAUGCUGCAGCAAUUGGGAAUAGGGAAGGGAAGAUUUUUAUUUGGGAGCUUCAGUCCAGCCCACCUGUUCUCAUUGCAAGGCUAUCUCACGCUCAAUGCAAGUCUCCAAUAAGACAGACAGCGAUGUCCUUUGAUGGAAGCACCAUACUUACCUGUUGUGAGGAUGGCUCGAUAUGGCGCUGGGACACAGUCUCAUAAAGACACAAAGUGCUUACGGCUCCUCAACCGUAAUUUAAGUCUUGCUCGUCGAUCGUGAAGUUUGCUGGUAGCCUUGCUAGCACGGAUGAGUGGACAAGCGCCCGUUGCGUCUACCCUGGAUGUAUCCAACAUUGUAGAAGUAUAUUACGGAUUCCACAUCUUGAUUCUUCUGCAUUAUAGCGUAGUCUCCAAUGUAUUAUAUUUGCAGUCUUUUGGGCUCCUCCCAUUUUGUGUUGCAAAAGAAUUAGUAUAUGGAAUGCUCAAUGAGACUCGUGAAAGAUUUUAGAUGGUUCCUCUAAAUCUAUAUCAAUGGAUGUUGAAUGUAUCCACAUAUAUGAAGGAUUGAUAAUAUCUUCUUUUUA